AUCUAGAAACUCCCUAGACAUAAAGUCAAUGUUUAACAUCAUCCCUUCUUUCAUCCCAAAAUUCCCAUAACCCAAAAUGGCUCCAUCUGUCGAUGUACAACAAAUGAUUGUUCCUAAACUCCCGGGCGAAACCCUUCUACAAACAGCAAAGGUUCCUAAAGAAGUCUUUUCCAAUAUGGAAGCACUGUUUACUUCCCAAACUUAUGGUGAUUGGAGAGAUGACUUAAUCAAUGACGGAUUUGCAGUUGUCAAAGGAGCGUUAACCAAAGAGAAAGCCAAGGUGUACCAAAAUGAAGCCUUCGACUGGAUCACUUCUUUUGGUACGGAAUUGGACAUCAAGAAUCCCGAAACUUGGAUCAACAAAAACAUUCCAGUUCAAAGUAAGAUCAACACCUUCACUGGAUACCGUGUCCCCCAUGAAAAAUUCAUGUGGGAUAUUAGACAAGAAGAUGGUGUAAUAAACCCCUUUGCAAAGAUCUAUGGUACUGACAAGCUUUUGGUUUCGUUUGAUAGUUUAAACAUAAGUUUUCCUGGUCGGAAGGACAAGCCCACAAGAGGUAAAUGGCAACACGUUGACCAGUCUCCUUUAAAGGAUGGGCUCCAGUGUGUCCAAGGAGUGCUUGCUUUAAGUAAUCACGGUCCUGAGGAUGGUGGUCUUGUCGUCUACAGAGGAUCUCACAAAUUAUUCAGAGAGUUCUUUGAUACUCAAAUCGACAAGUCUACUUGGGACCCAGUUGACCGUUACAUAUUCACUGAUGAACAGCUUCAAUGGUUCAUCGACCGUGGAUGUGAAGAGAUCAAGACCUGUUGUGAACCAGGAGAUCUUAUUUUAUGGGAUUCUCGUACUAUUCACUGGGGUAUGGAACCAAAACAAACCAGCUCAGAGAUUAGAACCGUGGUUUAUGCUUCCUACAGCCCAUACUUUUUUGCUACGGAUGAGACUUUGGAUGAAAAAAAGAAGUGUUUUGAAACGUGGUCUGCUACCACCCAUUGGCCUCAUGACAACAUCAUAAGAAGACCUCCGCACACUCUUCUUGAAGACGGUACCAGAGAUCCUAGAGAUCGUGACGAACCCAGAGUUAAGCCCAUACUCACCGAGAAGUUACUUAAACUCGCCGGAGUUGUUCCGUAUUAGUGUGUUAUCUUGUUUAGUAUAUGCAGUUGUCAAUUUGAUUGUUAUCUUGUU